AUGGAGAACGUGAUUACGGAUCUUGACCUGCUGUCUACUUUACCUAAAGUAUCAUUUGCCGACGUGAGCAAGAGGGUAAGGAAAGAUCCUCCUCCACCUAAACCCACCAAGCCGCCAACGGCAAACUCAAAGAUCAAGGUCACUGAAGAUGUCAUCACAAAGAUCCGACAGUACUCUAGAAAUGGUAUCAUCGAAGACCUGGAUUCCUUUCUCCGUCAACUUCAACAGAGGGAAAUCAUCUCCGCCAUUCACGAGGAGAAUGCGGGCAAUGACAGCCCUCUUCAUAUCGCCGCAAGAUACCAGCACUUUUCAAUGGUCAAAUAUCUAGUACAGAAUGGGGCAGACGUCAACAUCGAAGGCGAACAAAACGCUACUCCAUUACAAUCUGCGGCUAGUUCACAUCGAAAGGUCUCAUGUCAAGAAGAUAGCGCCGCCCGCGGAAGAAAAGAAUCGAUUACGGAAGAACAGUUGAUUUUGCGCUACCUUUUCGAGAAAGGCGCCUUGAAAAAGACAGAUCAGUAUGGGCGGGCAACACUACUAUACAUGAGUGUGUGUGAAGCCAAGAUGCACGCAGAGGAUCUGCUCUACAUUGAGAGGAAGUGGAAAGAGAACAAAAGCGAGUUCCAAUACAUAAUGAAAGACGAGCAGUGGCGGGCCUCUAUCGCAGAAUCCCUCGAAUACCAAGAGGAAAACAUCAUUCGGUUCCUAUUUGACUGUGGAGCUGACUUGAGGAAACUGGAUACAAAUGGGCGUACCGCCCUGCACUAUGCCAGCAUCUGGGGGAACGCUAAGGCUGCCAAGGAUUUACUUCAAGUUGAGAGAAGAUGGAAGGAGAGGAAUAUCGUUAGAUGGUCUAUUCUCAGUGCCACCGACGAUCAAAAGAUGUCUGCACUUCAUUUAGCCAUCUUGCAUAACAAUGACGACGUUGCCUCAUUUCUCAUUGACAACAUCAAUAAAAUUGAUGAUGUCACAUGGAAGGACAUCGGAGGUUCGACUCCGCUUCAUUACGCCUGUAUCAAUGGAUCUGUGGAUAUUGUUCAACAACUUUUCUCAUUAGAGGAGCGACUGUCUCCAAAUGACGAACAGUCUUGGAUGGUGAACAUAAUAGAUAGCGAAGGGAACACUGCUCUCCAUCUGGGAAUAGAAAACCGCCAUCGAGAGGUCGUCAGGAUAUGCAUCGAGAAAGGUGCCGAUAUGACCAUUCCCCGGAUGGACAGGAAUACGACUCUUCAUGUAGCUGCUUUGCUUGGCGAUCUUGAAACGGUUCGAUUACUGUUGGAUAACAAUGCACCGGUUAACGUCAGCAAUGCCAAGGAAGAAACCCCACUACACUUAGCAACUGGAGCAGACCACCACCAUGUUUGCCGAGAACUCAUCGAGAGAUCGGAGGACCGGAAGGCACUUAUGGAAAAAUCGGAUAAACGUGGACUCACUGCACUGCUCUUGGCUACAGUUAAUUGCUCGCAAAAGACCUUGGACGUUUUGCUACAGGCAGGUGCUGAUGUGUCAGCGACUGAUAAAGAGGACAGAUCAGCUCUAUACAUGCAUUUGGCGACUCCAACAGAUAACCUAACGGCAUUGGAGAACCUUCUCGCUGACCAGGGUAUAGAUGCAGGUGACUUGUUCGAGUUGAAGGAUAGAUACCUCAAUACACCUCUUCACAUCACCUCAAAGAGUGGAAACGUCCGGAUCAUCAAGUUUCUUCUCGACAUGAGCCAAAGUGCCGAGUCCCUCCGUCAGGGUCUGUCCAUAGUCCACAGGAAGGAUAAAGAUGCCAACACAGCCCUUCAUCUUGCUGCAUUGUCAGGUCACAAAGAUGCUGUGGAAAUCUUGAUCAACGCUGGGGCAAAGCUGGAAUCAAGGAACACAGAUGGCUGGAAACCUCUCCACUACGCUGCAGUCAACGGGUUCGCAGAUAUCUGCGAGAUAUUGCUGAAGAAAGGAUGUGUAGUUGAUCCCAUAGAAAAAACCAAGUCAACUCCUCUCCAUCUUGCAUCGUCCGAUGGCCAUUGCGAGGUAGUGCGAUUACUCCUGAAGUGGCGCGCGGAUGUUUGCCGGACUGACCAUAACCACCACAACUGUUUGGAUCUUGCCAUCAACAGUGCACACAAAGAUGUAGCAAUGGCCAUACUCGACGGUGAUAACUGGCGACAGGCCCUCGAUAAUGAAACAUUACCAAGGCAGACCACAACGGGAAAUGAGAGGAAUCAAGGAUGGAGUACACCAUUUCGGAAACUGAUAAGAUUCAUGCCAGAUGUAGCAGAGUACGUUUGUAACAAAUGCAUUAGUGCCAAACCGUUCACCAAAUCUAUCACAACACGUCAACGAGAUAAGGACGAAGAUGAGACUGUUCACUGUUACUCCAUGUUGCGAAUCUUAAACUCUGCAAAGAAGCAGGAAGAUGCAGGCUCAUCAGGGCGGGAACAUCAUCAACCGGAGAUGCUGUACUGCGAUUACGAAUUCGUCGACAAUACCAUGAGGAGAGAGCAAAUUCGAAGCAAAGAUUUCACCUUCUCGGACUAUGGUCAGAAGAGAAGUGGGAGCACCGAUCCAACGCUAUCCUUCUGCCAUCCUUUGCAAAGUGGCGGCGCCAUCCCGUCGUGUGUUGGCGUGCCUGUUCCUGGCCAGAAACCCUUCUCUGAAGUUUCAUCUUCUCGCGUAAAGAAGGAUCACUGCCUGAUGAUUAUGGUGAAGCACAGAAGAGAAAAGCUUUUGACCCAUCCGUUGACGUCAUCGCUGCUGCGGCGAAAAUGGAAUGAUUUUGGCCGUUACAUCUACUACAGUGUGCUCUGCAUCUACCUUCUCUUUGUCUUCUUCCUCACUGGGUACAUCAUGUCGACGAUAAAGAUGUCACCGUAUCAAUUCAGAAACCUGACCAAUUUGGAGUCCUACAGUGAGGCCUACUCACUCUGUGAGAAGGUGAAAUUGUUAAAGGAAUCAAGGGGAGAGGACAUAGGACUUCCGACAUUUGCAUUGAUUUCAAAAUUUGCAAUCAUGGGUUUGGCGGCGUAUCAGGUGUUCUUCGAGGUUUUACAAAUCCUCAUCGCCAGAAAGAGCUAUUUCAAAUGGGAAAACAUCUUGAAAUGGUUGACAUAUACCACGGCGUUUCUGCUUGUGAUUGACAUCGAGGAGCCAUGUCAGGGAGAGACAGGACUAAGAUUGGACUGGCAGUGGCAGCUCGGAGCGAUAUCCAUCUUCUGGGCCUGGGUCAACCUCGUCCUGUACAUUCGCCUGGUCCCCGUGUUCGGAAUUUACGUAAUGAUGUUUACCAACAUCCUACGCACGUUCUUGCGAUUCUUCCCCGUGUUCUUUCUCUUUGUCGUUGCAUUUGCUCUUUCAUUCCACACACUACUUGCGAAUCAGACUCCAUUUAGCACAGCGAUUCGCUCUCUCACCAAAACAUCCGUCAUGAUGAUCGGGGAGCUCGACUACGGAGAUAUCUUUAACGCUCAAGAGGAAGCCCUUAACGACAGGAGUGUGAAGUUAUGGUAUGAGGUGGCAACACUCAUACAGUUCUUCCUCUUCCUCAUAUUCAUGUCCAUUCUCAUCAUGAACUUACUGGUUGGUCUGGCCGUCGACAACAUCAGUGCUGUUCAGGGAGAAGCUCAGAUGGAAACAUUAGCUAUGCAGGUUGAGUUCCUUCUUGAUGUAGAACUCCUCCUCGGCGCGCUGGACAACCGGGAGAAGGAGAGGCUCCGAAUCAGGGAAGAUGUGCUGGAGAAGGACAGGGAAGAUAACUGGUUUAGGGGCAUGUUCCCCGCCAGGGGAAUCCUAUCGACUUCAUCAAUCAUAGCAUCGUUGAAACCUGAAUUGACAGACCAGGAAAGAAUCGAAGAAGAACAGAAAAAGAUCGUAACACAAGUUGAUAAAAUGGACGUAAAGUUGACGGAAAUGACGCAGAUGAUGCGCACCGGUUUCAGAAAUCGGAUUGAAUCCUGAACUGAAAGUAGGCGACUUCUGUCAUACUAUCUCCUG